UGCCUGUAGGGAUGGUGAGAAGUGGCACGUUCAAAGGCGAGCAAUCAGUCCUUAUAUGAUGCAGCCGCGCUACGUCGCAACCUACACACAUGACCUCAACGACACGGCUCUGGACGCUGUAGACCUGCUACGCCAUGAGAGAGACACGCGAGGUGGCGGCAAGGUGGUACCCCUCAUGAGGGACCUCCUCUUCAGAUGGGCUCUCGAAUCAAUCGGGGUGGUUCUAUUCGGCAAGCGAAUCGGUUGUUUGUCACUAGAGGGCAGUGCAGACCCUGACACGGAUGCUUUCGCCCACGCCGUAAAUGAUAUGUUUACGACGAGCGAACGAGUCGGUUUUCUUCCAUUGGCGUUCGUAAAGAGUUUCUACCGUAAAAUUUUUGCGAAGCACAUGGCAUGCUGGGAUACGAUCUACAGAGUGGCAAAGAAGUACAUUGAUGCCCAGCUGAAUGCGAUGGCGGAGGAGGAUGGUAAGGAAGAGGAAGCAGGGGGGCUUGUCCGGCAGUUGGCUACGAACAAGGAGCUCACCAUUAAACAAGUGUACGCCACCGCUAUAGAUGUCAUGACAGGAGCUGUUGACACGACGACGACCGCAUUCCAGUGGUGCCUGUAUGAGCUUGCUCGCAAUCCAGAUGUGCAGGAGAGACUGUACGCAGAGUUGGUCAGGGUUGUCCCAGAUGGCAGGCGGGAACAGAUCACUCAGAAACACCUUAUCGAUCUUCACUACCUGAAAGCAUGUGUUAAAGAGACCCUCAGGUUGUAUCAGAUAGCUGGAGGAUACAAUCGCGUAUUGGAUCAAGAUACCGUGAUUAGGGGAUACAAGCUCCCUAAAGGGACUGUAAUAGCGGGAGCAACGCCGAAUCUCUGCCGGGAUUCAAACUACUUUGAGGAUGCGGGGGAAUUCAAGCCGGAGCGUUGGCUUCGGGAUGCUUCCGGACGGAAGCAGGAGACUCAUCCCUUCGCAUACCUGCCUUUCGGAUUCGGCACGAGGUCGUGCGUCGGUCGCAGGUUCGCGGAACUGGAGAUGCAUCUUCUCCUGGGGCAGGUGCGUUCGUCUGUCCAUCCAUCUUAAGAAACGUGAAUACAA